UGGCCUUGCUGAAAAUGCAGUCGACGGUGCAUUUACUGAGGUCUUCGAUAAUUUGCAGAUUUCUUCCGUGAGAAUAGGCAAUUCCAAUGAAACGUCGCUUUGUUAACAACCAGAAGCGACGUCCGAAACACCGACUGGAAACAGAUCACGAAUGAAUGUAAAGAAAGCGAGAUCAACUUUCAGAAACGUCAGCAUCUCAAAUUUGACCGCCAUUCUGUUUAGAUUGUUUACCUUGUGGGCUUUCGUUAGUGGUUUCACUUUGGUUGCUGGCCAGAGCAAUGUUUCGUCUUUGUCUAGUGCUGAUAAAACAACUUUUGUAGUCUCAACAAGCGAGAUAUCAUCAGCUAGUUCCGCGUAUUCAAGUCAAUCUCGUCAAGUUAAUGCUUCCUUUCAAAAUGGUAAGUGCGAUUCAAUAAUAAUUCUACGUUGCGAGUGAUUUGCUUUGUUACAUUUUCGAUUGUGUUUAUCAGAAUAUAUCAAUUCCACGCCGAAGUUCACUGUUUUGAUUUUUUCCUACUUAUUAAAUCACGUAAUGUGAAGUUUAGCGCCAGGAUCUAGCGGUUACUAGCUUAUUCCCGCUUUUUAUCACAGCUAACCAGGCGGUCUGACUAACGACGUAAAUUUUACUGAAAUAAUACUUUUACGAGGGAAACCAACCAAACUUCGUCAGGUAUACAUUGCAAGCUACAGGUCAGAUUCCCCAAUGUCUGGUUCUCAAUGCUGAUUGUUUAGUCGGGUAAUUGUCAGUCGAUGUUUUUAUAAACAUUAUUGUUCUGCUAAAGGAGAUUACGAGUAAAAUGAAGCAUAGUCAGCAAAUGAGUCAUGCAUGUCAGUCGCGUGAGGAAGAAAUUAUUUUCAUUUGUGUAUGUCCGUAUGCCAUCUUUAACACAUUAAUUCGGCAACUUGGAACAGAAAUAAAUAACUCAAGCGACCCAUGUGUAAGGCUCAAUUGUUGAUAAUGCUCACCAAAUCAACGUUGAACACUGAAUGAGACGAGUUACAAUACAGUGUAUCACAAGUCCAACUCGUUCAAGUGUGUAAACGAACGAAUAAACGUCUACUUAACUUAAUCUAGACACAGCUAAACCUCUUAACAUAAACCGCGAAGACGAAAUGCAAAAUCUUUCAUUUAACAGUAUUUUUUAAAUGCUUAACUUGAAGCUUGUUCUGAGCAAUUUAUACCCUAAAACCCUAGAUUUCUUGCGGAUCGUAUUUUUUUACAUUCCCCCCAAAAAUCUGAGAAAAGAAAAUAAACAGUUAAAAAUAAAUGAUGCAAUACUCUUGGCAUUUACUAUAUCCAUUGAUCUUACGCAUAAUGNACAAGCGAGAUAUCAUCAGCUAGUUCCGCGUAUUCAAGUCAAUCUCGUCAAGUUAAUGCUUCCUUUCAAAAUGGUAAGUGCGAUUCAAUAAUAAUUCUACGUUGCGAGCGAUUUGCUUUGUUACAUUUUCGAUUGUGUUUAUCAGAAUAUAUCAAUUCCACGCCGAAGUUCACUGUUUUGAUUUUUUCCUACUUAUUAAAUCACAUAAUGUGAAGUUUAGCGCCAGGAUCUAGCGGUUACUAGCUUAUUCCCGCUUUUUAUCACAGCUAACCAGGCGGUCUGACUAACGACGUAAAUUUUACUGAAAUAAUACUUUUACGAGGGAAACCAACCAAACUUCGUCAGGUAUACAUUGCAAGCUACAGGUCAGAUUCCCCAAUGUCUGGUUCUCAAUGCUGAUUGUUUAGUCGGGUAAUUGUCAGUCGAUGUUUUUAUAAACAUUAUUGUUCUGCUAAAGGAGAUUACGAGUAAAAUGAAGCAUAGUCAGCAAAUGAGUCAUGCAUGUCAGUCGCGUGAGGAAGAAAUUAUUUUCAUUUGUGUAUGUCCGUAUGCCAUCUUUAACACAUUAAUUCGGCAACUUGGAACAGAAAUAAAUAACUCAAGCGACCCAUGUGUAAGGCUCAAUUGUUGAUGAUGCUCACCAAAUCAACGUUGAACACUCAAUGAGACGAGUUACAAUACAGUGUAUCACAAGUCCAACUCGUUCAAGUGUGUAAACGAACGAAUAAACGUCUACUUAACUUAAUCUAGACACAGCUAAACCUCUUAACAUAAACCGCGAAGACGAAAUUCAAAAUUUUUCAUUUAACAGUAUUUUUUAAAUGCUUAACUUGAAGCUUUUUCUGAGCAAUUGAUACCCUAAAACCCUGAUUUCUUGCGGAUCGUAUUUUUUUACAUUCCCCCCAAAAAUCUGAGAAAAGAAAAUAAACAGUUAAAAAUAAAUGGUGCAAUACUCUUGGCAUUUACUAUAUCCAUUGAUCUUACGCAUAAUGCCGUGAAUUUUUUUUUUUUAAUACCAAGUUAUAAAAUAUAAAACGAAGUAAAAACUAUAAUUAUUUGUGUGACACGAUGAUAAUUCUUCGCAAUAUUUUUUUCCUAAUGCUAUUUGUCUCGCACCCGCACCUUGUAUAAUCGCACUGACACUAACACGUUUACAGCCGUCCCACCGUUCCAAUCAUUGUUUUAAGCUUAGAGUUUGGAUAAUUUUAAUUCUAAUUACUUAGUAAUAAUGUAAUCAGUCAGUAUUAUCGGUGGCUGGAGGAUUAAAAAAAAAAAUGGUAAUGGAAAAGAAACACUCCCAUAAGUUGCUUCAGAGUAAUGCAUAUAUUGUCUGAUAGCGACUAAAAGAGGCCAGUUUGUUUUUCAUAUCUUCUACUGAUGGUACCCUAUAAUGCUACACCUCCGCUGAAAGGGUAGUAAUAACCUGUGAUCAGGUAAAAUGAAAAAAAAAAAAACGCCUGAUCGCAGGUUAGGGGAGCAAUGUUGCCCUGCAAGUGAAGCUUGUUCUUUGUACGAGUCACCACAUAUUUUUAAUAAAACAUUCUCGAACAUUCUCAGCUUGCAGCACAACAUGCAUUGUGAGGGGCAAAUUGCCCAUAAAAUCUUUUCUUUUUUUCCCUUCUAUUCCGUAAAAUUGGAAUCUCUUCAGUGCGCCAUUUCAAUUGUGCUUUGUUACCGUAAAGGAGUCCCGACCUUACAAUAUUUCACAACUUAUAAUUUUACCUAACACUGUACACCUCAGCUCGAUUUGCGUCGGUUUCUCAGGUCCUCAAAACAGCGACCGGUGAUCGAGCCUACACUACAUCUUGGUAUCAACAGUAAAUUAAGCUUGGCAAUAGUAAUAAAAUACAUUUAUAUACUAAUAUAAAUUUAACGUGAAAGCGGACUAACCGAUAAUUUCAUUUAACCUUCUUCUUUCAGUCAAUAGCACCAACACAUCCUCACCCACUUUACUUCAAAACAAGACAGGCAUUCUCACCAUACUUCAGUCUUCUAACUUUCCCGUCACCGGUUCAACAGAACCAAUCACACUGGCAAUGUCUUUUGUUACGACGACUGAGACGCCGAGCGUACCAAGAAGUGUGCGAUCGUUGCUCGGUGCCUCGACGUUUUCAAUUGCGGGAUUUACAGAACCUCUUACUUUGGCGUUAUUUACCAGCGAGUCGCUGUCAAAUCAAAGCAUCGAGUCUAGUUUAUCGUCCAGUAGCAGCGUCAUAACACCAUCGUACAGCUCAAAUGCAUCAAGUUUAAUAGAAACAAACUUUUCGAGCUCUUUACGUGUAACUCAGUCCACAUUGCAAAAUAAUGCGACGUCGAGUAGUCUAUCAAUGAAAAAUAUAUUGCCGAGUUCUGGGCAAAUGUCAAGCAGCUCACUCGGGGAACCACAUACUGAAACGCCUUCUACAGAAACGAAAAAUCCGUCCCGAACUAACAUUUUUCAAAGUAUUGCCUCCACUGAAAGUGGCCUUAGCAGCAAGGAAAGCACUUCGUCAGAAGUAAAUGGAUAUUCCAGUGACACGCAGAGUGCCACACAGGCUGCACAUUUCAGCGUUCAAUCCAGCACUAGCAACAUAAUGCACUUGAAAACAUCGCAAGUUUCUGCUGCAAAUGGAACCUCAUCGACAGCCUCUAAAAUCGCUCAAAGUCUGCGGAUGUCAAAUUCCGUAACAACACCUUCGUCGUCGUCACUAUCAUCCAUGUCGUCUUACCUAUCAGCAAGUCGUAUAGGAUAUUUUCCAGCAUCUCUAAAUAUCUCUGUAACAAGACAAUUCAGUAAGAUUACAUCUAUCACAACACUAUCCUCAUUUAGGGAGUUUUUCAACAAUAAAUCAUCUCUUGGAGCGAGCAGUAUGAAAACGCCUAUAGGGGCUUCAAUGGUGCCCACCCCAUUUGUCACCUCUGUUCUACUAGAUACUAGUACCAUUGCGAAUUCUGGACCACCGGUGACAGUGGCUACAGUGAGCAUUUCCUCUACAGGUUCCUCUUUUAACCACGUACAUAAUAUCUCGUCGGUUGCAACGCCAUCUGUAUCAGGAUCCUUGGUACACGAAAAUGAAGUUACAGUGAGCUCUCGAGUAGUUCUUGUGGAUUUUAGUGAUUCGUUAGCGGGUACUUCACUUCGGUUCAACCGGACAACUUUUAUGCCAACUUUUUCCACAACGCGAACGAUGACAGAAACACCUGUAAAUAGUUCAUACGUAUCAUUAACCAAACCAGAUGUUAGCAAAUCCAAUUCUUUAGAGCCACUUUCAACUCUAAAGAGUUCUGAAUUUCUAAUAUCAUCUUUACCAUACAGUAAGCAUGCCUUGGUGUCAGGUUCUGUAGGCCAAUCAUCAGUAAAGUCGGUACAAGUCUCCCUCGAGAUAUCGGCAAAUUACGAGAGUUUACGUGAAGGAGUCAAUACUACAUCUGUCUCAAGACAUUCUUCUCGUUCGUUAUCAGUUGCUUACUUUUCGUCAUUCAGUACUCUUUAUUUUUACAAAGACGGUUCGUCGAAAGUACAUCAAGAGAACUUAACGACCAGUAACUUCCAUAUGUCUCCAUCCUCAUUUUCUCUCGGGGUCACUGAAACAAGUACUCUUCUUUCGACGUUAUUUACCAGUGCAGGGUUUUCUCAUACAAAUACAUCCUCUUUAAUGAUUUCCACCGUAUCUACUCAAAAGGUGCAGACGAGCACAGGAUCAUUUUUGCUACAAACGUCUCUCGCCACCAGUAAAUCAAAGUUACAUCCUAAUUCAACUAUCAAAUACUCUUUGGACGCCUUAAAUACAACAAAACAUGUUGAUUCUACCUUCAUGGUAUUAGUUGCAACAACUGUUUCCACAUCUCCUAACAUUUCAUACGUCAAGCACUUCAUAUCAAUGUCCAGUGCACCCCAUCUCUCGACUGGAACGUCCUAUUUUUUGCCUAAUACUCGUCCUUUGGUAGAUAUUUCACCGUCUUUUGAGUUCAAUAGCAGCACUCCGAUGAUAGUACUUUCAACUUCAAGCUCUUUAAAUGUUACACCAAAUGCAACAACAGAGCAGAGUCGGAACGGUCUGUCGACAGACGUCACUUCAUUUUUGCUAUACCAAAGCAGCAUUACACAAAAUGUCACCAUGAGCCCCAUUGUAACAGUUAUGGAAAAUUUUUCUACAUAUCAAAGUGAAAUAGGGCGUUCCGUAGAUCCGACGUCGUUGUCGUUGAAAAGCAGUAUUUUUGUCAUAGAACCAAGUUCGUCAGUCAAGCGGGUGGAUAUGUCAACAGAACACAGUGUCUUAAGAUCUCUACAAGUUUCCAGGAACGCUACGCCAUCCCUGAGCACAAGGACAGGUUUCCUCCAGUUUAAAACUUCAAUCCCUAGACCGUUAAUCACUACAACACCACGCAUUACCUCGUCAGGAGACAGUAAUGUCAGCACUCUGUCUUCUUCAGGUCGCAAUGAAUCGGCUGAUAGGUCGAUUGUGGCAAAAACAGAAACAUUCGUAUCAGGUUUCCCAGUAUCUUCACACGGCAAGUCAAGUAAGUUAAAAGUAAUAAAACUAAAUUAAAAGUAAUUUAAACAUUAGAACGCGCAAGCUGUCUUUGAGGACUCGUUUUCAAAGUAAAGUCACUAAAUUAGAGAUGUACAAGUGUAUCUAAACUAGUCUAGACAACAUUGUUUUGGUUAAACGUUUUGAACGUGGAGAUAAUGGCAGGUGUUACUAUGCAGAACUGUCAAUCGACCUUCCCUUGUUCUGUCAGUUGUAUCACCUUUCCCGGGAAUAAGAAUUAAGAGUUCGAGGCAAAAAUUUAGGUUCUAGGACAGAUACACGUUUAAAUGACUUGAUACAAAUUCAACCCAGUCCCUGUACACAGCAGUAUUAGGUAACUUGUUGCAUUCUAACUGUUCUCUUCCUACGUCAUGUAUAGGUCCCUUUGCACCAUUUGAAACAACUACAGUAGCAUUGUAUUCGAAAAUAACAUCGCUGACGCCUUUGUCUCAGCCUCAUCCAUCUGCCAGUGACGUUUCUGCAGUUUCCUUAAGUUAUUCCACCUUGGCUACCCCACGAAUUAAUACGUCUGGUGAUGGUGGUCUGUCUGUGCCCGCCACUUUGUUAUCUUCUAUUAGAACACCAGCAACAGAACCAUUUGCAAAUAGGUCAUCAACAUCUUCAUUGCAAGCACAUUCAUCAAAGCUUUUUCCUUUGGUUACUACUACCUUUGUAUCUGCAGUCGAUGCGACUUCUAGCUCAGCUUUUUCUACGUCGGUAGCAAUUUUUGUACGCUUUGGUAUCAGCGUUCCUCGAAAUCAAAGUGUGAACGAUCCUGACUUUAAACAGUCUUUGGAGGAUGGAAUUCUUCUUGCUUAUCAAAAUGGCUCAAUUAACUCGUCUUCAGGGAAUGUUAACAUCAGCGUAAGUUUCCUUAUCAAAAAUAUAAUAACUGCUAAAGUGUGCAUGAAGUUGUUUUUCGUCGGUAACUACAUAUGGGGCUACAGUAGUCAGUUCCGUAUUUCUGAAACCAGUCUUCUCUUUUAUCCUUUAUUUGUCCUUUGUCCUUAUAUCACUGUGGAGUUCCAAAGUGUUUGGUAACUUUACUCCGACCCCAAACAAUAUCGAGUAGGAUGGAAUCAGUCGAGAGACUUUUUAGCAAAGCGUUACUUGGGGAGGCAGGACAAUGGAGCAACGUUAUUAGGAAUGCAAAGCCAUGUUAUUACUUGGAAGGGCUUUUCCUAUCUUUUUCAAGUUCCUUUCCUCAUUUUUUUCUCAUAUUGGGUCAUUCCGGGGAGCUGAAGAAUGUUACAACAAUGUUUAAAGAGUGUAUAACGGAAAACCUGAUUCGCUGUACCAAAGCUCGUUUGAGUAUGGAUGGGGCAUUGGGAACUGAAGUGAAGAAGAAAAAAGGGACGCAUAACAUUUGCGGUCGUUUUAACUUUUUUUAUUUUUAUUUUUAUUUAGAUUCACAGGAUUGAGCGGUCGCCUGAUUCAAACAGUUCCAACGUUAACGUAACCUUUCAGCUCCUCAUUGGUAGUGAACCACUUAAUGCCACUUUGGUUGUAACAACAAUUGAGCAGGCUAACUUCUCACUGGGGUACUUUGUUGGAUACGAGGUCAGUCCAAAGAACAAUCAUAUUAGCACAGCUACCUCAGGCCUCAGGGUUUUCAUGACAUUUGUUUUAAGCCAACUGACUUCUUGGCCCAUGUAAGGAAAAUCCCGAUUCCAAAAUCCGGGAAAUUUUGCGCUUAUGAAAUCUCAAAAAGGAAAUUUUGGCUAGUGGAAUCCAGAAUCCUAGGCUUUGGAUAUACAGCUAAAAAAUUCGGAAUCUCAAUAACAAUUGGAAUCCGAAAACCAAGUUCCAGUGACAAAGAAUCCGGAAUCUACGGCGAGGAAUCCAGAAGUCAAGGCUUUCUUGGAUUCCCUUUUUUGGGGCGAGACGUCUUUGUCGUAUACCUGCAAGUGAGAAUGACUCAGAUGUACCACUCUGUUAGGCGCUUAUGUGGUCGCCAUACUAGUCAAGAGACCGAAACCCACUUACUAAUAUAGUAACAUUUUUAAAAACAUUUUUACAGGUAGUAGAGAGUCUUCACGCCGUGUUCAUUUCAUUACCAUCUUCCUCUCCUACAAUGUCGUUGCAUUCAUCAGUUUCUGCAUCAGUCCAAAGAACAAUCGUAACAAGCCAUGCAAGAAGGACGUUAACAUCGUACUACAGCUACACGCUACAGCCAAGAUCUUCUACAACAAGAGGUAACGUACAACUCUGGUUUGUGUUAAACCCUUGCAAGAGCUUAACUGUAUGGCAUUGCAGAAGAGAGGUAGCGUUGUUAUGUUAUAAUUCUCGAUAGCCAAAACAAAGUUCAGGGUUGGUACCCGUGGCAGAGUCUUGAAUUCUCGAAAAAGUCUUGAAAUUUGCCCAGCAGUUUUCUAGACCUUACGAAAGUCUGGAAAAUGGAGAUAAAGUCUGCAAAAAUGGUAAAAAGUCUUUUUCUGUUUUUUCAAAGCUACAAGAAGUGCUUUAGAAGUAAAGUUUUUUUUCGUUUUGGUCAAAUCUUAUUCAAUCUCAACCGUAAGUUUGCAGCUCAUCAUGGAAGAUUCGCUGAAGCUUUGUUCCUCCCUUUUUUAAGGUCUUUAUUGAUCACUUAUUUGAUAACCUUGAGUCUUGAUAAAGAAAUUAUUGUUUUCGAAAAAAGUCUUGAAUUUUGGAAAAAAAAAAACUGUACGAACCCUGAAAGUUGUAUAGCAUGGUGAAUCCUCCUCAGAAAAAAGACUCCUCCCUCAGUCGGGCAUCAGCUAGAGUCUCAGACAAAAAUAGGAUGGGACACUUCCACCCAACGCUGUUUUUUCACUUCUGGCCCAUCUCCUCGUCCUCCUAAUGUUGGUUAUCAAAGUUAACUUACCAAAUCUUGUACACCAACAUUGAAAGGCCAAGAAGACAGCAAAGUGUCCCAACAAUUUUUACUGAGACUGUAGUUGUAGGGUGAUCUCUGCCCAAUCCAUCUUCACUUAGUUUCACUAAUUAGUUUAGUUGUUAUUUUACUAUUUUUGUUUUUAUUCUUGCCUAAAAUAAAAAACAAUAUAUUGUCAUUUAUUUUACUUUUUUUCCCUUAGUUGCGAAUAAAACGGCAGCUUCCGAAUCUUUGCCACCGAGUCAGAUGUUAACAGCUGUAGAGUCAUCUGUAAGUGUCUCGUCGACACCUUCGCCACAAAUGUCCCUCCCAAGCAAUACUUCUCCGGCGACAGUAUCCUAUUUAACGUCUGUUUCUUCGGAUCGGUCACUCAAGUCAGGAGUUAAUUUCACGAGUCUUGUAACUACAGCUACGCGUUCGUCAAUGUCUACAUCACUGAAAACGGUAAACGUGACGCACCUCAGCAGUGGAAGUUCGGCGAGUUCUGCUAUAAUCUCGUUUGGUCAUUCAGAAGGAUCCAUAGUAAGUGUUUUUGUCAUCAGAAAAUAGUUUUAUAUCAACCAGGAGGUUUUACAACAACGCCAUUCCUUGAAAUUGUAUCAGCGAUAUCCUUAUCCUUAGUGAGACCGUCUACUCUACUAGUUUUUAGCCACUUAAGUAGUUAAAUUAUAAUAGGAAAUAUGCUUAAAUAUGUGAAUGCUUAUUACGUCAUUUAAGAUAAUAAGAUAAGAUAAAGACAAUAAGUCAUUUAGGAAAUUUUCAGUGGCUUUCACCACUUACGUUCAGCAACCAUAUUGAUAAAUCAUUUGGUUCACUAGUUCGGCAUAUUGAGCUCCAAAAAUUCCAGUGAAAUAGUUCGACGAAUAACUGAGGUUUGGAAUUUCGUGCAGGCGUGGACUUGCCGGGGGAGGUUGCUUAUGUAUUCAUCUUCUAUAAUGUCUUACUUUCUUGACUUCACUCAUUGAAUAGCAGUUUAUAUUUCACUUCUCAUUCAAGAAAAUUACCCACUACUCCAUAAUCAUUUGUAGUGUCCGGAGCUUCACACGGAGGUCUGGGUUCGAGUACCGCUCUGGACAUUAUCUGGAUUUCUAUUUUGUUAGUCCUAAGUUUAGCUCCCCAAACAUGCUUGUAAAAAGCCAACUGGUUUACUUCUUGCCAGUUGGCUAUUUUAAUUGGUAAGUUGUAAAGAAUUUCUGCUAUCCUGUGUCGACAAUCUCUACAGACUAGAGAAGAUAAUGUAAGCUUAUUGUUGAAUCUUUUCUCUCUUUACAGGUUGUACGAGGUACUGAAAUUGCUUCGUUGUCGUUAACCACGGCCUUUUCAGCUAUGCCGACAAUUUUAUUAACAUCUUUAACAUUAGCUAGUAAGAGUCAGCUACCGUCCAUAAUUCGUUCGUUGACAUCAACCCAACGAUCAAGACCCCUUUCGACAAAAAGCGAAUCAUUGACGUCAUCGAAGCAUUUGAAUAAAUCAGGAACACAAAGUUCCACAGUAGUGCCGUCGGUAGAUAUGGUAACAACGCGUUUAUCGCGAAUACGUCCAUCGAGUGGUAUUCAUGUAGUUACUUCAAGCUUAACAGCACUGAGCUCCUUAUUAAGUUCAACAAUACUUUCUGCGAGUAAGUCAGCCAUCAAUUCUUUGCAAACGUCAUUGUCAAGUGAAAUGAUAACCAGCCCCCUUGAGGUGUCGUCAUCUUCACCUUCACCGUCAUCGUUAACGUUGACUUCAACUUUACCGUCAUCAUUUUUUACUACAUAUGUUACACGUUCACAUACAAACGUUUCUUUGUCAGAAGUGAAAAAGUCUAGCUCUGUAGUGACGCUCAAUUCUACCUUGACUGCAACCCUGGUUAACUCUUCUGGUAGACAUGCAACGUUGUCGAUUAUCGAACCGACGCCAUCAGGUUCAAUUGUUAAAAGCUCUACAUUCACACUGCCAGCGAUGUCUUCUUUCUUCAAGAGUUUGACAACUUAUUUUACAUCAAGUUUAAUGUUAAGCAUGACUUCAUUUACGGUUUUUCCCUCGUCAAUACUGAAGAGUGAAACUGUACCUAUUCAAAAUUCGACAGCUGGGAUGGUGUCAUUGUCAAAAGAAGGAGUGUCAUUCACUCAAACUUUGCGUAUCCCAGGUUCCUUUUCCACGAUAAAAGUGACGUCAUCUUUGCAAAGUGCAAGUGCGGCAAUAACAAAGCAGUCCUUACAACCGCUUCCAACGAGCCACAUUUUAGGAGAAACAAUAUCAUUGAUCGCGUCGUCUCGCUUUUUCAACGGAAGCAGUGUGUCAGUUGUGGCGUACUCGACAAGAACACACAGAACUCUUGAAACAAUGAGCGUAUUGACUCUAAAUUCAUCGCUAACGUCAGCUAGGGGUAGUGCCUUUGCGAGUGCUCCCUCUGUUCAAAUGUCAUCUUCAUUCAUCGCUGCUGGUCCGAUUUCAACGAUUUUUGAUGUUAGUUCCAACACUGCUUCGAGCGAAGUUUUGCCGUCUUCAGCAAUGUUCAGUACGUUUGCUUCAACAGCAAGUACAAAUUCAUCACCGUCAGAUUCUUCUAUAGUUGUGUCAAGCUCGUCACCAGCCUUUUACGGAAGUUACACAAAUAGUAGCUCAAGACUUUCUCUUGCGCCUAGCAAUACCUUGAGUUUAAGCCGUUUUCAAGCAAGCGCUAACGCAACUUUAACAUUGAUUGGAAUGUCCAGGACGAUCAACAGUACUAGGUCCACAUCUUUUAAUGAAAGUUCUCUCGACAGUAGCACUGUUCGUGUCAGUGUCUCAAAAACGCCCUUUUCAGUUUCGAGGUCACCUCAUGAGACUUCGUCGUCAGGUGUGGCUUUACCGGUGUCUUCAGUUUCAAGAUCACCUUUUUAUCCUUUGUCAAGCGUAUCUACGAGUCAUUAUACAACCUUAUUUGCAAACCGAAGCCAAACAACCUCGUCCAUGACAACCGAAAUUACUUCCUCACGCUACUUGUCGCGAUUAUCCGUACUAGCGUCAAGUCAAACUUCAAGAAGUGGGUCUUGGCUUAGCUUUAGUCUAUUAUACAUGCCUUCAAGUAUCUGGAGCAAUGGUACCAUCCACGCGACCUCUCUGAGCAUGGUGAGCAAACGCAGUAGCCCAUCUUCGUUCACAGUUCACUUUGAUGCCUCCGCUUCAGGGCAAUUUUCUUCAAGAUCAAGUGUAACUUUCUCGUUGGUAAGCGAUAAAUUGUCUGCGAGGACAUCACCAGAAAGUGAAACACGUUUUUCAGGUUCAGUGACUACAAAGGCAACACAUACUUCAAUCCUUGCUUCUAACAGGACGGUGGAAGCGAACUUUACAACUUCAAGUGCCAAGGUGUCAAGCCUACCUUUUUUAAACAUUAGUUCUUCACUACCCACGGCCUUGACCUUAAGCGCCUUUCAAGCCAGUACCAGGUCCGCAUUCUUGAAUGAAACUACUGUCCCCAUUAGCACUAGUCGUGUCAAUGUCUCGAAAACGCCCUUUUCAGUCUCGACGUCACCACGUGAGUCCCUCUUGUCAAGUGUGCCUUUACAGGUGUCUUCAGAUUUAAGAUCACCUUUCACCCCAUCGUCAGGCGUAAUAACUUCAAUUGCCAAGGUGUCAAUCCUAUCAGUUUCAAACAAUAGUUCUCCUUUAUACACGGCAGAAGUUACACAAGUGACCACCCGAGAAGCAGCAACUGCAAACCUUUCUUCAAAUCAAUAUCCUACAACUCGUGUCACAGAUUUUGUCUCUGAGAGGAGCCUUUCUAGUCAGUCUGUACAACUAAGUACUUCCUCCUCGAGGAAAGAUUCAGCUCAGAAAACAUUUGUUACUGCUACAACUAGUACUUUGGCAAAGCAUGCUUCUUCUAGAGCCACAAUGCACAGUUUAAUGCAGACAACUGCUCCUUCAUCAAGUCUUCGUUCUUCUUCGCCUGCACAGUUAUCAAGCGACGGUCUUGCAACGAGUUUUUCGUUAAAUAGAAGUCAUUUCCCGACACCAGAAGUUUCUGGAUCAAAAACGUCCGAAAACAUAGUUGGUAUUACUUCAUUACCUGCGAGCAAAUCUCUUCAGAUCCCUCCAGUUUCCGGAGUAUCGGUGUUUUACGAUUUGGGGUCUACUGUACUAACGCCAGUUUCAAUUCCUUCGACAAGUAAUAUUUCAUACGUCUUGGACAAGUCAAGUGCAAGUUUGAGUUCAACAACAUCAGUAACAGACGCAAUUUCGAGCAGAAAUAUUUCACCUGCUUUCUCAACGGAAUUGUCUCAGAUAGCAAGAACAUUUACCAACACGCUGCAGAGUUCUCCCUCAAGCUUACUCAUGGGUACAGCGUCGGCAAAAUCAGGUGGCAUAGUCCAUUCAGUAGCAACUGGCUCUUCCAUUCACACAUUCACACCGAAAACCAGUCCCAUCCUUCCCUCUUUUACUCCUUCUGACAUUCUUGUAUCCUCUUCGGCCAUUGGUGUGUCCUCAGUAGAGGUUAAUAGUUCAAGUAUUGAAAGUUUCACCUUGGGGACCGAUGUGCUGCUAUCGCCCCAAGGCACUACUUUUGCCGAAAGCACCCUCGUGUUGACGUCGACGCCUUUACGUUUGUCAAGAAGUAGUAAACUUAGAACAGGUUCGGUUGACGUAACUAAAAGUAGUAUGUUCACGUUAUCCUCACCAUUAACGUCAGUGGUUACGAUAGACUCGUCUUCUGUGGUUGACUUAAGCCCAGUGCCUGUCACUUUAAGAACUUCAAAGGAAUCACCUGUCCCAAGUGUUGAGCAGUUGACGUCUUCAGACCGAUCAUCCCACCCCAUGCAUGCAAAAUCUUCAUCGUUACCAUUACUACUUUCAUCUGCGAGACUUACUUCUAUGACGACAACCGUCAAACUCCCAGUUACUACUUUAAGGGGUUCAAAAACUACCAUUACAAGGACAUCUGGUGUUGUCGUCAGAGAAACAAGCCAGGCCAGCUUCGUUACCAAAACAGUGCCACUGUCGUCAAUCAGUGUGUCACUCAGGAUCACUAAAGAUGUUACAACAGCAACGUCAUUAGAAAAAAGCUAUUUAGUGUCAAGGACUUCAUCAACCGCCGCAGCAACUGUGGACCCUACUGAGCCUCUUCGUCCAACUGCUGGCGCUAACAACACUGAAGGUCUCGUUGGUUUACAGAUUCUUGUCCCGAAGACGGAGGAUGAAACGAAUUCCACUUUCCGCGAGAACAUUGAGUUACGACUCGCCGCAGCUUACAGAAGGGGUCAGGAGAAAGGAACUGGACGCAAAAAACGACACCUUGAGUUUUUCGCUGGUUGGGACAUUAGAAGCUUCGAAUCGUGGAAAAGAAGUGCUGCGUUCAAAGUGUAUGAAAAGCAAAGUCGACGUUACAGACGGCAAAUUGAUAGCAUAGUUGCACUGGUAAGAACUGCGGUUCUUCAGUAGUUUUUUAAUCAUUAAAUUAUUUAUCCUUCUACUACCACAGUGAGUAAUAGAGUCUGGUAUAUUAUGGCCAUUCAAUUAAAUCCUCUUAGUCUCGGCUAAUACUUUCACAUAGAAAUAUUUGUUUUUUUGACAUUUUACAAAAUGAAAUUUGAAAAUUUUGUUGAAUUCUGACAUUGGCCCCCCUUAGGAGUGCAAGGAUUAAAUUAGGAUUUGUUUUUUCGCGUUUUUGAUGCCUCAGGGGCACGAUAUUUAACUAUGCUGGAUUAAAGUCAUGUGUGUCGCGAUCAUGACCAGGUUUUUAUUUUCAGUUUCGGAUAUAUUUUCAACGAUUAACAUGCCAUUGGAUUAUCUAUUUUUGACAUCUUUCGCGUUGACUUUAUGUUGAUGGACUGUUUCUGUACUUGCUUUUUAUUACUGCAGGUUGAAGCUAUAAGACGAGCAAAGCCGAUCGUUGGAGAUGAACUUGUGGAUAUAGAAUAUCGAAUAUUUGAUGGGCCUAACAUGUUAUCUGCAGAGACAGUUGUUGAAACGAUGAACAGGCUGACUGAGGGUGAAAUGGUGUCCACUUUAAAAUAUGCGGUAAGGCGACGUUCGUUUAUUACAUCUGAAUUAAAGAUUUUUGUAUUACUACGUAGGAAAUUAUUAUUAUAACUUUUUUCCUCAUCUAAUAUGGAUAAAGGCAGCCAUGUGGAAAAUAAGAAUGGUCUUCCAAGGAACCCUUAGUGCAGUAGAAAACUGUGAACUAUGACGAAUGGAUGGUGGACCUAAAUAAUAAAGGCGAUGAACAUGGAUAACAAGCGAAUAUCUGAAAAAGGUUAAAAUAUUUUUCAACACAUCAACCACCCUCUCCCCUUUUGUCUAUUGGGAGGGGCGGCUCUACACGGGCUAUCAAUGCCCAUCUGUUGGGAUCUCCCCCUUCUCAACCCCCCUUUCGGUGGCCGAUCUUCCUUACUCAGUUGAUAAGGCUUAAUGUUUCUCUAGAUGUAUAUGUAGAAACCAUGAUAUACUGUGGCCUAAAUAGUUUCUGUACACCUUGGUUACAUAAUUAUUUUAUGCUGUACCGUGUUUCUUUCAUUUCAGGUAACGUUACGUCCUUAUGUCGUUAAAGACAUUACGGUCACACCCACGCCCACAGCGAGUUCCUCGAAGUGGAAUAUAUUGAUUCCUGCUAUUAUUGUCCCUACUGUGGUGGUAUUGUUUCUUAUUCUUGCAUUUACCUGGGCGAAGUGCGCUGCAAAGAGAAAGAGAGAACGACUAAAGGUCAAACCACAUGAUAAGGUACAAAACUCAAAAGUUUCGGUCGAGUGUUGUCCUUACCUUCAAUGAAAUUGACAUUUAUAGUUGUUAAUUUUUUCUCUUUAAAGAGGGGGUAGAAGUAAGAAAUUUGCUCAGUUAACUCGUCAAGUCGUUUUUUCUGGUGGAAAAAAGUGAAGUGAUGAGAUUCUAAAGAAUUCUUUGUAAUUCAGCAUUGGGAAACGUUUAUAUAUACCUCAAAGAUAAGAUGGGACUCAUAGUUUGUCUUAGAAACUUAUAAUUUUAUAAUUUUAAAAAAGUAAAAAGGGUAUUCGAAGGUUUUUUUUUUUUUCCAUUUCCCUCACAGUAAUUCAUAUAUUAGCGGCUUACUCAGGCGCUGUUUGAAGGUCAUAGUCGCCAGAGAUUUUUCAAGAUACUGUGAUGGCACUGUAGGCCAUCAAAUGGCCGAUCAACAUCAUAAGAACACUGUUAAAAGUUUUGAUUUAUCGUAAAAACCGUUAUUAAUGGUGUGAUAAGUUUCCUUGUUUUUUGCAGUUAUUGAAUUGGAAGCUUGUGUAUGUUUUUUUUUGUACAGGGACCAACAUAUAAAAAUCUGGAGAUUAAAGUGUUGCCUUCUCAUGAAGUUACUCCAGCGCCACUAGGAAUUGGGAAGAAAAAGCGUCCAAGGUUUGUUCGUUUGCACGUGUGGAAAGCUUUGUUGGGAAACAUAAGAUUGCUUCUGUACUGAGCCAACUCAGUGGGUGUUGGUCAGACGCUUAGUACAAAAAUAGCAAGUAUCACUUUGGGAUCUUGAAUGUGUGAGAUAUUGGCCUUUACAUUGAUUUAAGCCUGGUGAUUUUCUCCUUGUCCCACUAUGGUUAAUGCUUACUUAAGUGCGGUGUUUUUGUACGCUGUGACUUCUCGCUGCAAAGAAUCCCAGUAGGAUUUAAAUUGCCCCCCCCCCCCAAAAAAAAAAAAAAAUUAAUAACUUGGUCAAAGUCCCCUCUGCUUAUGAGAUUUUUAAGGGCACUUACUAAAAAACUGUUCCUCAAACAAAACCUGUUGUUGUAUUGUUUGUAGCUUAGUUUCGUUUUAUUUAACUUUUUGUAUGAUGAUGAUGAUGAUGAUGAUGAUGAUGAUGAUGAUGAUGAUCAUCAUCAUCAUCAUCAUCAUCAUCAUCAUCAUCGCUAUCAUUAAUCAUUAUCAUUAUCCAUUAUCAGUAUGAUACAAUAUAGUUACCCAUGGCUUGAUUUCCUUCAGUUCGCUUUUCAAGUCCGCUUUCCUCUGUCUUCAAACAAUUUGUCUGCUUGCACACCACAUUUACACUACUCGGACACGCUAUUAAAUCAGUACCAUUUUCCUGAGAAACCUUGAAACAUAUGCCAAAAUACAAUUAUCUAUGUUUCUUUCGGCAGCAUUUCCAGCACAAGUAGCAGUGACAUUCCUCCAAAAUGCCCCACGCUACCUGUUCCAGAUUACCCUCCUGGGAAAACGGACAGCCCAGAAAAGCCAAAUCAGAGAUACAGAAGGAGGACAAAUGGUAAAGGAAUCGACCACAAAAUCAACAACAAUCGCCAUUCUACAAAAGAUAUUAUAUAUACCAAUGGACAUGUAAAGCACGAACAUCAUGUUCAGAAUCCCAAAGACACGGGCGAUUAUAUUGAGGUACAUUAAAAUAUGUUAGUAAUGUUUAUAUAUUCGCAUCUGUAGCGUAUUCAAAAGUAGGUCGAGUUUGAUCGCCCGGGUGAACGUAGUCCUAAAUAUUGUUGACAGUGACUGACGUUUCGACAACCUGUGCGGUAGUCAUCUUCAGAGUCAAAGUGAGUUGUAUCACGUCAGUUGAUGGUAUUGUUAUAACGAUGCCUCAAAAUCAGCCGACAUUAAAUCUUUGGGAUAUCGCAGUGUUUAACUCUAGCCUUGUUUCUUAGAGUAGAUGCCUAACCAACGAAAGAUACAGACAAGUGUUAAAAGCUGGGACCUGGGUCUGAAAUUACCUCAACAAAGACUUGCUUUCUCAUGGCCUUAUCAUUCCUUCAAUUAUACAAUAAUUCGUGUUCCAAAGAUCCUUCUCUGUUAAGAGACUGUUAUCUGGAUUGAAUAUUCUUCUGAUAGCUCUUGUAACUGCUCGAUCUGUUGUUUUGGCAUCAAAUGUGUAAAUACCUUUUAUACACUUAUAUUUAUAUUUAUUUCAUGUAUCGUUUUAAACUUUGUUUUUUGUUUGUUUGUUUCACAAAAGCGUUUCAACGAGAUCUGACUACUAAGUUCCGCUCCUCCUGGUCGAAAAAAGGUUUUCUUGAAGUCUGUCUAUUGUGUCGGUUGUCACUAACAUUUUCAUUUUAUCUGUUUAAUCCAAGAUGAAGCACUUAGCAGGUGUUGUAGAAAACCGUCCACAGAUGAGAGACGAGAAGUUAGCGAACAGCUUAACUCGCCAAGAGCCUCCUUUGCGUUUCACCCCAUUACCACCGCUGAUACAGACUCCACUUGUUGGUCCCACACCUUCCAUGCCAGACACAGUGGCCGCAAAAGAAAACAAAGAAUACGACCGAAUCAUUGCGGAGUCGGGUGUGCCACCGGUAAAUCGUGACUUUUGUGUUAGACAUUUAAUAAUCACGCUAGUGUACACAUAGGCGUAAUGAUCAGAAAUGGUGAAACUAAUUGUCCGCCACUCAGAAUAUUCCAGCCUCCUUUGUCCUCGACCUCUAAGCGGUAGUUAUGAUCAAAGUAGCCUUCUAUAUGAUUAUUGUGGGUGACUUGCGUUUCGCGUCUGUUACGGAAUUCAAAGUGUUUCUUUGAUAACCUUCCUGAAAAACUUACCAUGCAAGGAUGUAUAUGCAACACACCUGCACCGAUAUCAAGAUUUUAACCCUUAACAUAAACACAUUAUCAUUAAAAAUGAAAUAAAAGAAAAUGAAGUGAAUUAUUUCUAUUAUAUACAUAUAUAUUCAUUUAACAAAAAUGAUACACUGAUAUAAAUAAUUGACAAUGAAGUUAAAAAUAUUAGUUAAUCAUUAUCAUCAAAAUGUGAAUUGCCUUUGUAACAACACAGAAGUAACUAACUGAAAUAUAAUACAAUUCUUCUAACAUAAACGUAAAUGAAUGUAAGAUAAAAGAUUGAAUUUAAAAUUUGAUAAUCCACCGGAACAUAUUUUGCUAACUGAUAACAUUCAGCUGAGUCGUUGAUAGUCAAAGAUGAACUUAAAUGAUGGUAAAGCUAUCUGUCGAUCAACAGGCAUGGCUGUCUAAAAUGAAAAUGGUUACGCUGCAAAAUGUAGCAGCUUCUCAAGAGGCUGAACUAAAUGAAGACGAAGAUGUUCUUAAUCUUAAGGUAAAUAAAUUUGCAAGUAACAGACAUUUUGUUACCAUACUCGUUAAAUUAACCGAGCAAUUAGAGUACAAGUAUAGUGCUUCAAUGGGUCUGCAACAUUACCGCUCCCUGAAUUAAUGUGAUUAAUCAACGCAAACGCACCGCUGCAAUGAACUAACAACAUAAUCAGAGCAAUAAGCAACAGCGCGCAGCAUUUCCAAGCAGAAAAACGGCCUCCUUCAAAUUAAAAUAUCUGCUUAAAAAGUUUGUGAUAUGAAACAAAUAAGAGCAAAAAAAAGAAAGACUUUCAGGCUCAAAGUGCAAUGAUUCUUCUAACAAAUAAACGAUAUGUCCAGUUUGGGCCUUCUUCAACGCAGUUUCUUGAAAUAAAAGGAUAGAAUAUUUUAGCUUAUUUCUCACAUUGAAGAGUACGAUCAAUUAAAAAUUAGUAAACAAUGUAAAAGCAACAAGAUUCCAGCUUAGAUGACUGAAAAUAUAUUCAAGUUGUUGAAUAAAUGUAACCCCCUUGUACAGUUUAUUCUGGGGAAAGUUUACUAACGUAACGUGGAGGAGGAGAGUUUUGUUUCGCCUUUCGCCUUAACGAAUGUAAAGAGGAGAAUCAAUACUUCUUGAUUUUUAGGCAAAUGUGGAACGCUGGAGGAAUAAGAUGCGACAUCGGGAGAAGCUACGUCAGGACAUGCGAGAGAAGGAAAGAGAAAGGGAGAAAAAACUUAAAAAGUACGAAAAAGAAGAAAAGAAAGAAAAGGAAAAGGAUACAGUAGAGGUAAAUGAAAAUUUAUUUUUGGAGAAUUUAGAUCGAUGUUCUCUACACUCUAAAUCAGAAAGAUCUGUUUUAACCCUAAAAACAGGGCCGUUUCAGUCAGUAAAAUAAAGUCCUAUUUUUGGGUCUAAUUUGGUUCCCUUAAAUCAGGGCCAAUACAGUCCAAUUAGCUAGGGCUGAUUUGGCCCCACGGUUAAAAUAGGCCCUACCGUGGGCUGGAAUAGCCCUUUUUGAUUGAGCUUUUUUGGCCUAAACUGUGCUCAAAUGGCUCCAGGAAGGGCUGAAUCAGACUUUGGCCUGCAGGGGACACUUGGGGCUGAAACAGAUCUUUCUAAUUUUCACUGUGUUUUAAGGCAUUUCGUUAGUUUUUCAAACUAGCAUACACCUGCGAUUGACCUGGUUAUAACGUUUGUUUUAUUUGCAGGAUUAUAAUGCUAUCCUACAAAGAAGCCUUACAGCAGAGUAAGUUUGUCUUCUGCUUAAAAUGCGAUAUUUAAAAUGAGAGAACAUUUAUGUAUGGCUGUGGGUGAUAAAGAGGGAUGGUUUAAGUUUGUUUCUUGCUUUUUUGUUUAUUUCUAUCGGUUAACUAUAUUCAACUUGAGUUGUUCUUGGCUUGUGCUUUUUAAUCCUUCACCCAUUUUUGACACACAUCCAACAAGCGUGAAAGACUCCAUUAUCGGUCAAUACCGUAUGGCGACACCCCCUCCCCUUAAGAAAAGAAACCCGGGUUCGGGAGAUUGGGCAACCACUCCUCACGCUAUCGAGCUUAAAUAAAAUUAAUUUAAUUUUAAUUUUCUGUAACGAUGCACCUGAAACCACACAAGAAAAUAGAAAGACUGAACUCUUUACGAAGGCACAUACUCGCAACUUCGAUACCUGAGAACACCCAUUCAAUCAGUCAACUACCGAGAUACGUGAGAGUGGGAAAAAAUGGUUAAGCAAGGUCCAGUUAUCGCUGGUGUUGUUUCAUUCGUACUAGUGCAACUGUCUGAUUUUCGUUUCUGUUUCGUUUCGCUUUUUUUUCAGACGAAAAAGAAGGUCUAGAAUAGAACGCUGGCGCAAAAACCGAGUUGGAACCUCAAGCUCCAAGAGUUCCGGUAGCAGUAGCAGCAGCAGCAGCAGCAGUUCCGAUAGUGACUCUGAUGAGAAACACAGGCACGCAAAAGAGGAAGGGAAAGCGAAGAAAAAGAAACGGCAGGAAAAAGAGAAAAAAGUGAAAGAAAAGGUAUAACUCAAUUUUAUCGUUGAUGAUAGUGCAGUGAGGUAGUUUUAAACCCAACGUACAUAGAUACUGAAAGACACUUCGUUGGUUUUAGGACCCAUGAGCUUUUUUAAAGUCUGCGUUAACUAAAGAAAUUGACAGAUAAUUAAUUGCUUCAUGCGUCAGCGUGCAUAUGUCGAGAUAUGAAGCACGCGGGAAGUUUGAAAAGCACGAAUUAAAGAGGCGUAAAAGUUGCUCGAGUGUUCUGCCGACUUCCCAAGUGCUUCAUAUCUCGACAUAUUCAUCGUGUAUAUUAUUGAGUUAUGGAUGCACUUGGGAGGAUUGCUAUAGCUCACAUAUCUCGAGGUCUCAGUUUGUUGACGUCAUCAGCGUGCUCAGUAAGAAUUUGAAGUACACACGUGUUAUUGGACUUGAUUAGGCGUACAUUCUCGAUAAGAUGUGGGGUCAAGAAACUAAGGGCCUGUUUACUUGGAGGUGGGGGACCCCAGGUUAGUGAGGUAACCCGCUUAGGUGAAGUAUCCCGCCUGUCCAUAUUAUCUCUCGUUUUAAUUUGAUCACAUUUACAUACAUGAUAGGUGGGGUGACCCGCCUGAGGAGGGUAGCCAGGUCUGCCAGACCUGGUUACCCUCUCAGCCCGGAUCAAAUGUUGCCAUGUAAACCUUUCAAGGUGGGGUAACCCGCCUAUCCGGGGUUGGAUUCAUGAUACAUCAAAUUUGCGCAAAAUUCACUUUGGCGGUGACUUUGCAUUAUUAUUAAAGGUAACAAUAGAAAGCCGCAGCACUGAAGGUUGCAGCAAGAGCAGCAACUGAGUGUAGAAGAGCAUUAAUCGCCAAAACAGGUGGUUUGCCAGCAUUUUUCUUUUUCACGUGCCUAGCGACCAUAGCGACCACGUGCCUAGUGAACAUAGCGACCAUUCGAUAAUCUUGAGGAAGUGUACCCCGAGAUGGCAGGGUUGAUAGAUUGCACGUGAAGGAGUGUUAUUUUUUUCACCCCACCUAAUGGGGUUACCUCACCUCCCUGGGGUCCCCCACCUCCAUGUAAAAAGGCCCUAAUUGACCACUAAAGAAAAUACCAUAACAUACCACAAUGCUUCUUGUUUGUCACCCCAAGAUUUUGUGUAAGCAUUGUCUUCAGUUUCUCUUGGGAGUUAAAAUGGCCCCUAGAGAAACUGAAAACAAUGCGUAUGCAAAAUUUUAGGGUGACAAACAAAGAGCAUUAUGGUAUGUUAUGGUAUUUUCUGUAGUGGUCAAUUCGGCUUACAGGAUUUAGCCUCACACUUUCAGAGUGAGGAGGAGUGUAUUUAUGAGGUCGGACAAUGUAGGGAAUCUGUGGCUAAACCUUGCAUAAAGAAUUCUUCUGUACAUUUCGUUUGCUGAGGUUUCCGUAUACCUCAAUAAAAUUAUUUUAUCUCAUUCUAUUUUAAAUUAUAUUGUUAUUGUUAUAGUUAUUGUUAUUGUUAUAAUUUAUCCCAAAACUGUGAUUGCGAAUCACCUGACAGUAAAUGGCACGAAUCGACUUAUUGUUUCAUGUUUCUUCUCCUCAGGCACCUCCCCUGAUAACAGGACAGUCUGCUCAAGAGACAAAACGAGAAACAGCGUGGACAAUUAAGGAAACCCCAGGCGUACGCCUUGUAUCUGUCAAACCACGCAAUGAGGUAAGAAUAAAUUCCUUUAAAGGUUGAUGCUAAAGACAAUUAAAACAGCAAACGAACCAGAAGGAAUAGGAGGCAGAUGCAAACCCGAUUGUCCACUUGUUGAUUCUGGUGAAUUGCAAAGGGAAAUGAUUGUGUACGCGAGCUGGGUAAUAACUUGUUAAUAAGUAACUCUCUACUCGUUGACUACGUUACCUUAAACAAGCGAUUUGACUGUUUUCAGCAGAGUCAACAUUUAAAACGGGAAACAACCACAGAACCACCUUAUGUACAGGAUGAUGUCCAAGGCUACGAUGUUCCAUCGCCUCGACCAGUAAGUUUUUUGUAUAGGGAACCUUCAAUUUGCAUUUGAAAAGAAAUUCCUGUACAUGCUUAAUCAAAUCUCGUCCCUCUUCAGGUGUCGUCUCGUUCUCAACAAAAAGAUCGUGUUCAUCAGUUGUUAGAGACUGGUUAUCCUGUGUUACCCAUAAUGCCAACCCAUCUGGUAAGACCUCCCAACUCUGAGUACAUCCUUGAUGAACACCCAUACGAGGAUAUGGAAGGUGCGUAAGGGAUGUUUACAUGGGUAUAUAAAAUUUCAAAGCAAAACACUCGAUUAAGUUCGCUUAUUCAUUUAGGCCUAUUUCAGUUUUCAAGGUGCAUAAGCUGUCUACAGAAUUUUUUUUCUUUGUUUUCUACGAAUUUGGCAAGCGCUCGAGCGCUACAACCAGUUACAAAAAUACUUGAAACACAGCACCUUAUUUUAAGUAGUGGGGGCAUCCCUAUUAUGGUGCAUUAGCGCUUUUGGUUGUCUCCUUCUCCACAACUACUUUUCUUUAAAGUAGCGAUUAAUUUAAAUUAAUUCAGUAUUAUCUGUUUGCAAUUUUGUGGAGUGAAUCUGUAAUCAAUAAACAACGUCCGCUAAAGUUUUUGCCUUGCAUUUUGUGGAAAGCAGUUUCUGGUAACAACUGCUUGUUUCCUCUUUCUUAAAUAUUUGACUAACGGUAACGGAGGCUUUAUAAAUUAAAAAUCUCUUUUAUAUUCAAACCGGUAUUAUUAGAAAUUUCUGAAACAAUCUAUAUGAAGUAAUGAAACACAAAAAUUUUGUUUUAAUCAAAUUUAAUAUUUUCACAGUGAAGAACUGACCUUUUUAACUAAUUGGAUAAAUCCAUUUUUUUCGCAGAUUUAGGUCCCUAUGCUGUUCACUACGAUAACGAAGACCAAUUUAUAAGCGAUGGCGUUCCCGUCGUGCCGAUACAGGCUUUCGGUGGACCGCCAAUUUACGAGGAUGAGCACAUUUACGAAGAACCUCUAGUAGCACCGGCUUCUUUACCACAAACUCGCUUUGUGUCUCCUCGGGAACAUAAGUCAGGAGUGUUAAUUCCAACGCAGUAUGCGCGUGGCUAUAUUGGAAGACCACCUGGGACGAGAGGCCGACCUACUUCCGCCUCACAACAUCCGGGUGUCGCCAGACCUUCCAGAUUAUCUAGACCUACCUCUGCUAAGACGGAGCCAAUUGCGAGAUAUGUUGUACCGCCUGGAGGUUCCUCGAUUCCUACUCGAGCUGUGCCGCCAUCGUCCGUCCCGGUGAGUAGACAGGUGUCGAAAAACAAUAAAGAGUAUUGAAGCGCUUUCGGGAAUUCAGCAGUUAGAGAGUUUAAAAGACACUGUUUUCGUGUACGGCUUCGGCUAAGUUAUCCGUACCGUAGUUACGGCUAGAUAACCUGGCCUCUUACUGCCUCAACGGCUAGGCUACUGGGUAGAACAGUUAUGCCAUUAUCACAUCUGGAAAAUCACGAUUACCUUUGAUAUAGGCAGUAAAGUCUUAUCUCGGCAGGCAGAAAAGGUGUAUCUGUUUAAGCAUCUUGCAUUUCGUAUUCAAGAAGUAAAAUGUGUCCUCAUGAUUUAAGAAUAUCAUAACGCGAGUUUUCAUUCACUUCAUUUACAGGGCUCUCGUUACAUGUUGGCUAAUCGUCCUACAGUCGCUACCGCUCCCCAACCAAGCAUCGGAACAUCCCCUCGUUAUAUGGUAGAUCCGGAGAUUCCAAAAGAGCAACCACCCAGCUCUUUUGAUGGAGCUCGCGUGAUCCUGUCACGCGCGCAAGCAAAUAUUGACCGCUUCGAACAGGACAGGAGAGUAAAUACUCAGGAUGAAACAGACGCAGCAUCGGUAUCUGAACGUCUAUACGCAAGACCGCAGAAAAAGAUACCACUACAAACACUUACAUCACGUAAGGAGCCAUCGCGAUUUGAUGUGGCAGCUAGAGAACACGCCGAGUUAGAGGCUCAACUUCUGGUGUCAAGAGCUUUAGCUCGCGCAAGGAGUAACGUAAGAACGUAGUAGCAAAUAAUUUGUAUUCUUUUGUUUAACGAUCCAGCAAGAGAUAGCUUUGGCGAGCGCACACGCGACUAAACUUAGUUGAAAAUUAGUUACUGCCAUGUUAGUGUAGCCGAACUCUGUCCAGAUACCUGUGGUUAAAUGGCCUCGAAACGUUGGGGUGUAGGGGAAUUUCCAUAGCUCCUUGAUGAGAAAUUUUAUUCGCUACAUGAAGCGUCCGUCGAAUUGUUUUGUUUAGAUGUGGUUGACAGUAUCGAGGGGUACCUUUGUUACUGAUCAUUUGUUGUAGUGAAGUUUUCUGUGCUUGGCUUUUUAUUCCCUAUCUUACAGCACGUCAAUUUCUGUGAAACUGAAUAGGAAAAACAGUCGAAUAACCAAACGCCAACACCACUGCCGAAUUGGCUCGUAAAAAUGCCAGUAGGUAAAAACAAAAAGAAUCAAAGGUUUAAUCUAAACGAAGGAACAGUGACGGCCAGCUGAUUUAUUGUGCGCUGAUAUUUAGAUCAUGUGUUCGCUUUAAAAUUCUUCAGUUAUCUGGAAGUAGCAAGUAGCGGAAAAACCGUAGAAAAUAACGCAAAAAAAAAGAAAAUCGUAUCUUUUUGCAACUUUGAAGUUGCAGCCUUGUGAUAAGUUAAAAAUCGUACUCCUCAAACUGCCUGGUUGUUUUCCCAAAUUAUGCUGUAAAAUUAAUGGUAACUCAUUUGAGAUGCUAGGUAGAGUUUCGAUAUUUUGAAGGAACACUGUUCCAUGUACAUUUUGCUUUUGUUGUAUCUGUUGUUGUUCAUGAUGCUCAACGUUAUUCGUGCGCUAUGCUUUGGCUAAACAACGACAUUCUAUCCGUUUAUUCGAGAUAGGCCUAAAGGUCCUAGUUCCAAAAAUUCUCACUCAAAACGAGGCUAACUGCAAAACGUUUCUUGCGAAAAUUAGUUUUAUUUCAAUGAGAAUACAAAAUCACUUUCAUAUCAAUUACUUUGCACGUAGCCUCGCUUUGAUACAGAGGCUGGGGGCAACUCGGUAAUGGUCUAUUACGAUGGGUGAGGCAUUAUAGGAUGCACGCGCGCGCGUGUCACAAGAACGUGGGAAAUCAUCACGGCACAUUUUACAACAGAAACAUGAACUUGUUCCUCAUUCAAAAAUAUUAGCAUACUUUAGAAGAACGGGAAGAUAAUCCUGCAGUUAGUAUUUCAUCUCUGAAUCUUUCCCAAUCGUGCUUUUAUUAUAUUAUAAGGCACUCAGUUGUACUUACUUGUCCUUUUUGACUAACCUGAUAAUUAAUGUUUUAAAAACAAAAGAUUUAAUUGAAAAAUUAUAUAUUAUUUCAGAUUAGUGAUCUAUUGUUAUAAUUACAUGAAUUGCCUCAAUGUAAAUAACAGAAACAAGAUGAAAUUUUUAUUCUAAAAGAAAAAUAAAAUGAGCUGUUUAUUUCAUGGAAUAUAAUUUGUUGCAAGACUUAAUAUCAAGAAUCACUAGAAUCCAAGCAGGCAAUUACAAAUUUUAAAAACAAGGGUCGUUUUCUGUACUGAAGUUAACGUCAUCCUCCACCAUUCCACAUAAACUAUGGCUAACAUGGUAUACAGAUAAACCCUUCAGCUAUAAAACCCGUCUCUAAUGUACUUCAAAAAGGAUGAUUUUAGUCAGGGUCUGCUGCAAAAUACAAUCAAAUCACAAGUUUUUUUUCCAAGUAUUAUGGUGCUUUCACCCCACGCAAAUACUCCACUGCAGUGGUUCAUUGAUAAGCGUAAAUGUCCGAUUAUUUCGCCCGUAUAAGUAAAACGUGACAUAAGCAAAUCACCAGUAAUUGAACUGCUAUUAAGCCAAUCAGUAACGUACUAGUGUUAGAUUUCAUUGGGACUCUUCUCUCCUAUCAAUCAUCAUGAUAUGAAUAAUCUAAAGUAAGUCCAGAUCUGCCAAUAUAUAAAUCAGGCAACCAGAUUACGAUAGAUGUUUCAUAUGACUGGAUUUUGAUACCAUUUUAGCUCAUCCUCUUUUUGUCAAAUCACUCGUCGGUAUUUGAUUCCCGUUUUCAAUUACGCUAACCUGGUAACUUCCCAGCAAAGCCGCUGUCCAUCAUUUCAGCAAAUUCUUGGAAGGUCGAAGGAGACUUCAUGCAGUACGCGCUGGCGAUGAAAGUAACCGUCCGUUUGAAUUUCCAAUGCGGGCUAGAGAAGUGGAUCAGUUCAAGGAACAGAUGAGGGACAUCUGAGGCUACAAGAGACCAUCAGAUUCAAAGGAAAAACUAAGUCUCCAAAUACUCAGAAUAAUCAUCAUUCUAAUCAGAGAGGUUUCAUUGUUUGUUUACUAAACUCACUGUUAACGGACUUACCUGUGCGAAUUCUAACCAUUUAUAGAUGAGAAGUUUAAUUGUUAACGUUACUACUUUUUAUAACCCAAGAUAUAUAACAACCAAUAAUCAACUGAUAAAUGUAUGUUUCCAAUUAUGUUUAUACUAAAGUAAUCAGAUAAUAAUGUGAUUAAUACUAACCACUAAACCUUAAGAUGAUGAAAGGUGAAAAGUGCAGAAUUCCCCGUAUCUGAUAUUUCAAAGGUGAGAAAACAAUAAAUGUAUGGCUCUUUGUUAACUCCGGUAUCAAGAUAAGAUAGGUCAGACUCUUUUACAUUUUGAAGUAUUAAUUAUUUUCCCGACUUAACCUUCUUUUUUUUGUGUGUGUGUGUUUUGUACAGGGAUUAAAGGAAACAGAAGAACUAAGUCAUAAAAGCACUAGGUAAGGCACUGUGAGCCAAAAAAACGGUUUUUUGUUUGUUUGUUUGUUUGUUUGUUUGUUUUGUAUACUUAAUUUUUUAUUUGUUUGUCUGUUUGUUCUCCUCAUGGGAUUGUUGGCGGUAGAUGCUGCCACAACCCUUACCUUAUUUCUCACAAACAUACCCAAUUUCCAAUAGUCUGUUCACGGUCCCCUCUUUUCCUUAAGGUAGUUAAAAUCGAGCACCUACCGCUACUGGCGACAAUCUUGGUGUUAAAUCUAAAAGUAGAUUCGCUAUAUAUACUUACGGGAACAAAGAAGAUUAAUGCACAUGUCCUUUGUUGACCAAACGUCAUAUUUCGAAAUCGUCUGAUUUUUGUUAAUUCAGGAAAAUUCUUCAAGAAAUCAAGAAAAAACACAAUCUGCAUGCAGUGAUGAAGUCCAAGGAAAAGGAUGGAAUAAAAAGUCAACGAAGAAGGAGCAUCACUAGCAACAGCAGCAGCAGCAGCAGUAUAUCCAGUAUCAGUAACAGAAGCUCCAGCCUAAUUCAGAAAAGAGCACAAAGAAUCAAAAAAGCAAAAACUGGAGACGAAACAAAGGCAAAAUCCCGCGAGAAGCAAGCAGUGGUUCAUCCCCUUUUUGUUCCAAACAGAAGUGCACAUCAAGAUAAAGCGAGAUAAAACAAAAUUCGCUCUAUUUAAGGGAUUCCGGAACUCGGGAAAGUUUUGGUUUUGGAAUCCGGAAUCCGAGAAAAAUUUGCUUGUGGAAUCUUGAAUCAUGGACUUUGGAAUACGGAAUACAGCUCAAGGAAUUCGAAAUCCCACUAACGAUUGAAAUCCAAAAUCCAAGUUCCAGUGACAAAGACUGGAAUCCAGCACCUGAAUCCAAGAGGGCUAUCUUGGAUUCCCUCAUAUGGAGCAAAUAGAAUAUUAUUGCGCGUUUACGCAGUUUAUCAAGAGUUAAAAUGUGGAUAAAUUAUCUCAGAGUAUAUGAUAUAUAAAUAAAUGAAUAUUGAAACAAACCUUUCUAAAUGAGGU